AUGGCCUCCAGCUUUAAGAAGCAAAGUGUGGGCUCUGCUAGCCAUAAAAAAAAGAUGGGCCCCAAGCCUGAGCUCACGGAGGAGCAGAAGCAGGAGGUUCGAGAAGCGUUUGACCUCUUUGACGCCGAUGGAAGUGGAACCAUCGACGUGAAGGAGCUGAAGGUGGCCAUGCGGGCACUGGGCUUUGAGCCCAGGAAGGAAGAGAUGAAGAAGAUGAUCUCCGAGGUGGACAAGGAAGGCACCGGCAAGAUCAGCUUCAACGACUUCUUGGCGGUGAUGACCCAGAAGAUGGCCGAGAAGGACACCAAGGAAGAAAUCCUGAAGGCUUUCAGGCUCUUCGAUGAUGACGAAACGGGCAAGAUCUCGUUCCGAAACCUGAAACGCGUGGCCAGCGAGCUGGGCGAGAACCUCACGGACGAGGAGCUGCAGGAGAUGAUCGACGAGGCCGACCGCGACGGCGACGGCGAGGUGAACGAGGACGAGUUCCUGCGGAUCAUGAAGAAGACCAACCUGUACUGA